AUGGGCGGCAGCACCAGCCUUCGCCAGGAAGAAGAGGAACCGCGGACGCCCACCACCCCGCAAGGCCCUUCGGGCGCCAGGAAAUCCACCCGCCGCUUCCCAUCUUUCCAACACGUGAACACGCUCGCCGUCAUGAUCGUCCUCUCCGCCAGCGGCCUGGUCGCCCUCGAGGACUUGGCCUUCUUCGUCCUGUCCCUCGGUUACAUCUACUUUCUCUCCUCCUUCGCCUUCCCCGCCCGGAGCCGGGAGCCCGAACCACUGGUCUUCGGGGAGGAGAACCGCGCCCUGGCCCUCUACGUCCUCGCCGGCGGCGCCCUGGGCCUCCUCUUCCCCAUCGCCUUCAUCUUGGAUGGCGUCCUCGGCGGCGACAAGGAGGGGAUCGAGCCUGCCGCUGCGCACCUCUUCUUGCUCUCCAGCCAGGUCUUCAUGGAGGGCGUCGCCUUCGCCGGCGCCUUCUCGCUCCCGAUCCGCGCCUUCGUCCCCAUCUCCUACAACACCCGGCGGCUCUUCACCAUCGCCGACUGGCUGAGGGCCGAGCUCCGCAAGGCGGAGGGGGCCUCGCCGCGCGGCUCCCUGCUGCGGCUGCGCGCCGGCCGGAGCCUCGCCGCCGCCAACCUCAUCUUCUGGUCCUUCAACCUCUUCGGAUUCCUGCUACCCGUCUUCUUGCCGAGGGCUCUCCAGAGGUACUACGGGAAGCAAGCGAAGAGCGCAUGA